AGGGCCAAUCUGGCUGUCAUCAAUGACCUGUCAGGGUAGUGAGAAUAAUGUAACAGAAUGUGUUGAUGUGGAGUAUUCUUAUACUGGUUGUACACAUGCUAAUGAUGCUGGUGUUGUAUGUUCUACUUCACCUACGACCACACCCACUACCACACUUACAACUACGCCAACUACUACACCUACAACCACACCAACUACCACACCCACCACCACACUUACAACUACGCCAACUACUACACCUACAACCACACCAACUACCACACCUACUACCACACCAACUACUACACCUACAACCACGUCAACUACCACACUUACGACCACAUCAACUACCACACCUACGACCACACCAACUACCACACCUACGACCACACCUACAACCACACCAACUACCACACCUACGACCACACCUGCGACCACACCUACUACUACACCUACGACCACAUCAAUUACCACACCAACCACCACACAUACGACCACACCUACGACCACACCUUCGACCACAUCAACUACCACACCUAAGACCACGCCAACGACCACACCUACGACUACACUAACGACUAAACCCACUACCACACCUACGACCACACCUACUACCAAACCCACAAACACACCUACUACCACACCCACUACCACAACUACGACCACGCCAACUACUACACCUACGACCACACCAACUACCACACCUACUACUACGCCUGUGACCACACCUACUAGCACACCUACGACCACACCCUCUACCACACCUACAACCACACCUACUACCACACCCACUACCACACCUACAACCGCGCCAACUACUACACCAACAUCGACACCCACAUCAACGACAACACCAAAACCCAUGACUACACCCACGACUACACUCACGGCUACACCAAGUACUACUAUAAUAUCCACACCUGCGACUACAACCACGCCCAUUACAAUUCCAUUAUCCACGUCAACACCCACCACGAACCCCACAACAUCACCCACAGUCGUAACAUCAACUGAUCAAAGGGAAACAACUCCACUUAUAGAAGGGAAAAAUGACAAACAGGAUGGUUUAACACAGCAAGAAGUUACAAUAACAGUUGGAAGUAUAUUAGGAACUAUAAUAAUAAUUGUAUCAGUUAUAGCCAUUGUUCUAUAUAAAAUGAGAACUUCAGGAAGUGUGGAUCUUCUAUCCAAUGAUACUGAGUAUAUUCCAUUCGGUUCAUCGAACAUAGCAGCGACGUCUGAUGAAACUAAUUUAUCGUUUACCAAUGCUACAUACACUACAAUGGAAUAAAAAACUAAAAACAAGCGUUAUUAUAAUAGGGUAUAAAC